CUUGAGGACAACUACAUGUACCUCCUGGUGGACAAAAAGUCGGGGGAGGCGGCCGUCGUCGACCCGGUCCAGCCGAGUACCGUCCUCGAGAAGGUGAAAGAGCUCGGGGCGGGGGUAAAGCUGACCACCGUGCUCACCACCCACCACCACUGGGAUCACGCCGGGGGGAACAAGGAGUUGGCUUCCACUUUUAAGGAUGAUGAUAAGCUUCGCAUCCUCGGCGGCGAGGACCGCGUAGAGGCGGUGACGCAGAUUGUCACCACCGGCGACCGGGUCACCUUCGGCGGUGUCACCGUGGACUGCUACCACACGCCGUGUCACACGCGAGGACACAUCUGCUACAAGGUCACUAAUUCGACGGAUGAGGCGGACAUUUCGCUCUUUACCGGUGACACGCUCUUCAUCGCCGGCGCCGGAAAGUUCUUCGAAGGGAACGGCGAGCAGAUGUACAACAAUCUGGUGAAGAUCAUCGGCAGCUUUCCCGACCACACCAAGGUCUACUGCGGCCACGAGUACACGCUGAGUAAUCUGAAGUUUGCGAAGCACGUCGAGCCGCAGAAUGAGGCAAUCGACCGCCUGUUGGAGACGGCGGUGAAGUGCAAGGCGGAGGGGCGGCCGACGGUGCCCUCGACGGUGGCCACCGAAAAGGCGGUCAAUCCCUUCAUGCGAGUUACUGAGGCCACUGUCCAGGCGCACGCUGGAGUGACCGGGGGUGAUCCAGUGGCGACUAUGGCGGCCAUUCGUAAUGAGAAGAACGCCUUUCGAGGAUAG